AUGUCUGAAUCCGCAUCCGCGCUUCUCAGCUCUUUCUCUCUAUCGCUGCUCUUAUCAGGGUUGCUAGCGAUGGGCUUGCUGUCAUGGGUUCGUCCGAGCGCUCGGAUCUCCUUCUAUCACGCCAAAAAUAAUCAGCUGCGGUUGACCAAGACUGGCAAGGAUGGCUUGAAAGGCCAAAUCACUCUGGAGGAGAUCUGUCGCUCGGCCACUCCUGAGACAUGUCGUCUCAACCCCUUCCUCUUCAACGGACAUCUGCAGACCGCCUACACGGUCUUCAAACAAGACAAUGCGCCGGUCUACUACAAGCGCAAAAUGUUCGACUCGGAUAGUGAAGCCUUCGCGGGCCAGUAUGCCAUAGAUUUCGCCGUCAAGCCCUAUGACAUGCCGCCCGAGGGCGAAUUGACCGAUCAAGCGAGGAAAUACACCCAUCCAUCCGGGUUACCGCCAAGAACCUCGUUUCUCUCCGCAGAAGAGUUGUCCAGUUUGCCCUCUGAUGACACCAGGCCCAUGCUGGUACUGCUGCAUGGUCUAAGUGGGGGAUCACAUGAAAUCUACCUGCGCCACGUUCUUGCACCCCUUAUCGCAGACGGCUCGUGGGAGGCAUGUGUGGUGAAUUCGCGUGGCUGCGCAAAGACAAAGAUCAACACCGGAGUGCUCUAUAAUGCUCGCGCCACAUGGGAUCUUCGCCAGUCUAUCAAGUGGUUGCGCAAGACUUUCCCGAACCGUCCGCUGUUCGCUAUUGGAUUUUCCUUGGGCGCGAACAUCUUGGCUAACUAUUUGGGAGAAGAAGGCGAUGCUUGUCAAGUCAAGGCAGCCGUGAUUUGCGCAAGUCCAUGGAACUUGGACGUCAGCUCUGUUGCUUUGCAGUCGACCAGGCUCGGUAGAGAGUAUAGCAAAUUCAUGGGAACAAGCAUGAAGAAACUCUUCGAACAAACCCCCCGUAUCGAUAUCGAUACUAUCAGGAGCAUAACUUACCUGCAUGAGUUCGAUCGUGCGCUGCAAUGUCCAACGUGGGGCUAUCCUUCUGAAGGUGCAUACUAUCGCGAUGCCGCGUCCACGGAUUCUAUGCUUGCUAUCCGUGUUCCAUUCCUCUGUCUACAGGCUGAGGACGAUCCAAUUGCCGCACGUGAGGCCCUGCCUUUCCAAGAAAUUACCCAAAACCCUUACGGUGUCAUGGUUACAACGUCAUGGGGCGGUCACCUGGGUUGGUUUGAAUUAGGAGGCGAUCGGUGGUUUGUCAAGCCAGUGAACAACUUCUUGAACAAGAUGGCCAAGGAAAUUGACACUGAUAUCCCAGGCGUGGUUGAACACCCCGAAAGACUACCCGGGAAUAUUGCUCACCACUCUGGUCCGGGUAAGGACUCGGACAAGGCACCAAAACCGGAUUAUAACCCCAUGCGCCGUAAGCUUGACAUUGGGCUUCCUCUUUAA